CAAAUGCUUCGCUCAGGAUCUCUUCGCAGAGGCUCCUGGCCUUGUAUCACAAGGGCGCGCCGCAUUAGAAAUGAACACAAACGCGCCCACGCUCCAGGAAAUCAUCCAACUGACCAGUCAAGAACUUACGACAGCGCAGAAAUCCGAUCCCAUUCGCGAAUGCGGACGCGCCGCGCUAUCGCUUUUGCCUACCGACCCAGACCUAUGCUUGAAGCUUGCAUAUCAGAACCUUCAUAGCGUACCCUAUAGAGAGGUGAAGACAUGUUGGCGACGGCUGUACACCGAUGCGAGCCUGUGGAAGGUGGUGUGGCUGGCGAAGGAGCCGGCCUUUGAGGAUGCUCGACAAGAAGAGGACAAAACAGGCAAGGAGUGGAUGGACGAAGUGGUUAGGAUGCUUGAUAUGGCACUCAUACUAAGCGGUGCGCCGGGCAGGGAAGAGCUUGUGGAGCUGUGGUUCUCAGCGCUCAAGGCCAGUCUACAGUCCAUUGACUACACGGAACGCGAACUCGACAUCGACAUCGAGCCCUCGGAACGACCGACAAAACGAAGAAAACUAGCCUCGUCCUCCCCAACCCCACGUAUCCCGUCGACCUUCCUCGCCAGCCUUCCAGAACCUGCACUUUCGCUACGAUACCCAGUGCCACGAGCAAGAGAACUCGGUCUGUCCACGUUCCAGAAGAGGGUUGCCGACCCUGUUAUGCAUACUCCGCUCAUUAUAGAGGGCGCGAUACAACAUUGGCCUGCUUUCGAAGAGCGGCCGUGGAACAGUCCUGGGUAUCUGCUGGAACAGACGCUCGGUGGCAGGAGACUGGUUCCUGUUGAGGUUGGCAAGAGCUACACAGAUGAAGGUUGGGGACAGAAGAUCAUCACGUUCAGAGACUUUAUGAACAUGUACAUGCUCGAAGACGGCACCACGAAACAAGAAGAGCAGGUGCAACAGGUAGGCUACCUAGCCCAACACGAUCUCUUCGCCCAAAUCCCUUCCCUCCGUGCCGACAUUUCGAUACCAGACUACUGCUACUGCGACCCCGCGCCAUCUCCUCACCUCACACACAUCAAGCCCACGUCGAAACUCGACGAGCCGUUACUCAACGCUUGGUUUGGUCCCGCAGAUACCACCUCCCCCAUGCAUACCGAUCCAUAUCACAACAUCCUCGCUCAAGUCGUGGGAUAUAAAUACGUACGCUUGUAUGCACCUGAGGAAACGCAGAAGCUAUAUCCGAGGCGUGUAGAUGAGAACGGAGUGGAUAUGAGUAAUACCAGUCAGAUAGAUCUAGAUGAAGCUAUGAAGAUCUAUCCUGGAAUAUCCUGUUUGGAAAAGAGUGGUGCUAAAGACGCUGAUGAGAGGAUAGGAGAGUUUGAGAGGCUGUUUCCCGACUUCAGACAUGCGCGGUAUGUCGAAGGUGUUCUUGGCCCGGGAGAGUGUCUCUACUUACCUGUGGGAUGGUGGCAUUAUGUACGCAGUCUUACGCCUAGUUUUAGCGUGAGCUUUUGGUUCAAUUGAGAACGUUUACGCCAUAUGCAAAUUCCACG